AGGCUCCAUCCGUUUCCCAUCUCUCCAGGAUGAGAGAGGUUUGGGUCCGGCUUUUCCCCUCUCCCUGUAGUUGAUAGUUUCGGAACCAGAGGUGAUGCUGGAGUCGAGAUGGCAGACAGCGUGAAAACCUUCCUUCAUGACCUCGUCAGGGGAAUUAAGGACUCCAUCUGGGGCAUCUGCACCAUCUCUAAGCUGGACGCCCGGAUCCAGCAGAAAAGGGAAGAGCAGAGGCGAAGGAGGGCAAACAGCGCGCUCGCCCAGCGGAGGUUUCACAUGGAGGAGAAGAAGCAAGAGAAUGAACCCCGGAUAGUGAGCCGGAUAUUUCAGUGUUGUGCCUGGAACGGAGGUGUAUUCUGGCUUAGUCUCUUCUUGUUUUACCGAGUGUUUAUACCCGUCCUUCAGUCGGUCACGGCACAGAUCAUCGGUAAGCGACCCUUCCCCUAAAACGGCGACGUGUGGUCUUGGCUGGAAUUCAUCCUCACCUCCAUUUUCAGCGCCCUCUGGGUCCUUCCCCUCUUUGUGCUCAGUAAGGUUGUCAAUGCCAUCUGGUUUCAGGACAUCGCCGAUCUAGCAUUCGAAGUUUCCGGCAGAAAGCCUCAUCCCUUUCCCAGCGUCAGUAAAAUCAUCGCCGACAUGUUGUUUAACCUCUUGUUGCAGGCGCUUUUCCUCAUCCAGGGGAUGAUCGUGAGCCUCUUCCCCAUCGAUCUCAUCGGCCAGCUGAUCAGCCUCCUCCACAUGUCGCUGCUCUACUCGCUCUACUGCUUCGAGUACCGCUGGUUUAACAAAGGAAUCGAAAUGCACCAGCGGUUAUCCAACAUCGAGAGGAACUGGCCCUAUUACUUUGGCUUCGGCUUACCGCUGGCUUUCCUCACGGCGAUGCAAUCCUCUUACAUCAUCAG